AAUUAUUUAUAAAGAAGCUAAAGAAGUCUGGGCUCCCCUCAGUGGAGCUGUGUGCCCAUGUGGGUUUGAUGCUGUGAUGCUGAUGGGCUGUCAGGCUGUGCUGAGGGAGCAGUGAGGGUUGGAGAGCUCUGGCAGCGAUGAGUGGGGUGAAGGUGACAGCCCUGGGGCGUCUCUCCCAGCUGCUGAAAGCCCUGCGGGCUGUGCCGGCACGGCCCUGCAGCCUGGCUGCCUGCUCCCGGACUAACGCCAGGAACGCUGCCUUGCAUCCGCUGUGGCAGAGCCCGCUGACAAUUCCCGGGGGCACCCGCCAGUCUCCCAUCAACAUCCAGUGGAGGGACAGUGUUUAUGAUCCCUUCCUGAAGCCUCUGAAAAUCAGCUACGACCCCACCACCUGUCUGCACAUCUGGAACAAUGGCUACUCCUUCCUGGUGGAGUUUGAUGAUUCUGCUGAUAGAUCAAUCAUCGUUGGAGGCCCCUUGGAAAACCAGUACAGGCUAAAGCAGUUCCACUUCCACUGGGGAGCUGUCAAUGACUGGGGCUCAGAGCACACAGUUGACUGUAAAUUUUACCCAGCAGAGCUGCACUUGGUGCACUGGAAUGCUGUGGAGUACCCGAGUUUUGAGGAAGCUGUGAUGGAAGGGAAUGGCCUGGCUGUUAUUGGAGUGUUCUUAAAGCUGGGAGCACGGCACGAGGGGCUGCAGACCCUGGUGGAUGCCCUGCCAGCAGUCAGACACAAGGACACUGUGAUCGAGUUUGAUGUCUUUGAUCCCUCGUGCCUGCUCCCUUCCUGCCCUGAUUACUGGACCUAUGCUGGCUCCCUGACCACUCCUCCCCUCACUGAGUCAGUCACGUGGAUCAUUAAGAAGAAGCCAAUCGAGGUGGAUGAGGAUCAGCUGGAGGCCUUCAGGACGCUGCUGUUCUCGUCGCACGGGGAGGAGGAGAGGAGGAUGGUGGACAACUUCCGCCCGCUGCAGCCGCUGAUGGACCGCACCGUGCGCUCGUCCUUCCGCCCCCAGCUCAGCCCAUAGCAGCACCCCAGCAGCUCCCCUGCCAUCCAGCCCUUCCCUGACUGCCCCCAGGAAAGCUCUGGGGGGGUUUUAGUUUUGAUUUUUUUUUUAAGAAGUGAGUGAUAUUAACUCUUGUUCUAAGGCAGGGGUCGAGAAGGGAUUAUUAAGGCAGUUAAAGAUAAGGACAGGAGAGAUCCUCCCCUGCUCCUUCUCUGGAUUGUUCUGUGGUUCUUCAAAUGCUCUUUCAGUGCCUUGCAUGAAUUAGUAAUCCUGGGUAAAAAUUCUUAAGAAAGAGGAUGUGGGAAGCAAAGAAAAGUAUCAGGACUGAUCAGGUCCUUUUAGGGAAUUAUUUGAUGUCUGGGAAGAGAGCUGGAAGGGAACUAGGCUGUCUCAGAGACAUUUUAUCUUCUUCCUUUCUCCUUGGGUGAGAGGAGAAGGACAAAAAUGACUUCCAGGAUCUCUUUCCAUUCUGUUGGCUGCACAUUCCAUGUUUGAUGUGGGUGCCACAGAAUCCCAUUGUAAUGACACCAGGAGCCAGAAGAUGUUUUCCAAAACCUUUUAACAACUGUAGAAGCUUUGGCAGCUUUUGUUUGCCCCUGUUAAUAAUCUAUCAGGAGAAGGGAGGAGAAGAGAAUUCAAUAGUGUCUCAAGACUGGCAAGAACAGCAUAUUAGGUGAAAAUGUCCAAUUGAUCCCAGGAAACUGAUCACAUCAACAGAAGGCAAGAUUAGAUAAAGCCCAGCUGACCCUCCCAGUGGGAUUAGGAGGGCAAAAACCCAAACCAUUCCUCAAACCAGUGCCAGGACAGUGUGGACAAAACACAGCACUGAGAAAGGGUUUUAUUUCAGUAACUCAGAGCACCAGAGCUCUCUUCAGUUUUGCCUUGAGAUGAAUUUUCCUAUAAAAACACUCACCCAGCCUCAGGACCAGUGGGGACCAGUUUGUUUUUAUUGCACCUUAUGGUAACAAGGUCCAGUGGGGUGGGAAUUGAUUUGUGGACCAAGCAGAGCUGCUGUGUGAGCUGCCACCUCUGAGCCCUUCCCAGGAGCUGUGACCCAGCAGCCCCAUGGAUCACUGACCUCUCACAUCCCACUAAACCUAAUUUGCUCUCAGGCACUUUUCUCUCUGGCCUGUAUGCUCUGCUGUAUUUGGCAGAUUAAAUUCCUGCACCAGAUUUCUGAUGAGGAGCAGCUCUGUCUGUGUCAUCUCCAUGGGUUGUGUUUCAGGAAUCUUUUCAGGAAUCUUUCCUCCCUCUGUUUGAUUCCUGAUGGGAUUCAAUGAAGCCACAACCUGGCUUGGCAAUGCUAAAUCCAGUUUUGUAAUUGGUACUUUAGUUUUUUUUGAAGUCCAAGAAUUGAUGUCAAAGCACCUUAACGCUUUUCAGUGUGACCCUGAUGAUUUUAAGGGUUUGAGAUCAUCUUGAAGCAGUGGAGUGCCCAGGUCCUGCCUUUCCUUCCUCAAUAGCUCUACCUCAGGCUGUUGUUCUGGUGCCACAGUUGUGCCUCUGUCCCUGCAUUGUGGCCACUUCAAUUGAGUGGCUCUGGGUGCUGGAAGGAAGGAAAUCUCCCUCUGUCCCAGUGCAGGAUAUUUUUCCUGUUGGGAAUUCAGUGGAACUCUUUGGCUUCACCAUUUCCCCAAGCCCUCCCUGCCUGGGGAACAUUUCCAUCCUGGUUGUGCCAUCUCCCUUUGGAUGUGGCCAGGAUGGGGCUGGGAUUAUCCUGGGAAAGUGGGAGGUGUCCCUGCCAUGGCAGGGUGAGCUGGGAGGUGUCCCUGCCAUGACAUGGAUGAGCUUUCAGGUCCUUUCCCACCCAAACCAUUCCAUGAUUUUCUGAUUCCAUGCUCUCAGUUGAGCUCUGCAGGCUUUGCCAUCAUCACUCAGAUUUUUAGCUGCAAAACCACACCAGUGAUGAUUUUGCUGGAGAAUGAUACAUUCCAAAACAAAGCUGGAAGGAAUAUCUACAGUCCAGGGAACAGGAAAAGAAUUAUUUUACUUUUUGCCUGAAUGUAUAGCAAUUAUGAUCCAGUCAUUAAGUUUGAGAUAUUUAUUCAGUGCUGUUCUUGCAGACACUUUCUGAGGAGGAACCUGGAGAAAGAUGGCAGCAGCUCAGAUAUUUUCUACUCAUUAAUAGAAAAAUUGUAAUACAAAGACAUCUUAAUGUUGCCUUCUAUUUAAAACCAGAGGGCUGUAAGUGCAUCAAUCUCCUUAUCAUUUAUUAAUGGAUCUUUUUAAAAGCUUUGGUAAAUGCUCAGUUUUUAAAUUGCUUUUGUAAUUUCCACUGAGGUUUUAGAUUUCUCUUAUCCACUCAGAAGAAUAGUUGAUCCAGCUUUCCAAACAAACCCCAAAACCAGAUUAUUUAGGGAACUGCCAGGGUUUAACUGUUUAACUCCAGCUGCUCUGGAAUCCUACAGCAGCCUCACAGCCACUGAGCUCUCCAUGCUUUGCUCAAUUCAAUCAGAUUUUCCUCCUGGAUGUGUAAAUCCCUUUGAACCACCCUGCAUCCAUCAGAGGGAGUGUGGGAUAUUCCCUUCCCAGUGAUCCCGUUCAAGUUCUCAGAGAGAUUUAUUUAAAGUUCUCACAGAGAUUUGCUUUGUUCAAGUAUUGCCAUGGAAGCUUUGUUAGAGAAUAGUGAAUUACCAGUGACGCAGUUAAGCUGUGUCCAUAUUUACAUCAAAUCACACCUAUUUUUACUGACAGAAAAUAAAGAAAUUCCAAUUAUAGCACUGAUCAUUUCAAAUAUCUGAAAACAGGGUUAAUGUAGAUAAAAAAAAAUAACUGUACUGUGCUACAAAAAGAAGUUUUACAGGGUUUUACCUUUUUUUUUUGCUGUUUCUUGAGUCCUGCAUUUAUGUGUAGUGUUUGAGCAUCUCCUUAAGGCAGGCAGGAGCUCAGCUGCAGGGCACAUUGUUGGAAUUAAUCUAGAAAUUAAUGUACUGAUGUUUAUUUGUUUGGGGUUUUUUUUCCAGUUUUAAACUUUCCUGUUACAAUGACUUUAUUGACCUUGUGAAUGUAAACUUUAGGAAAAUAAUUGUGUUUAAAUCAAGAGAUGGGAUAGAAUUCCUGUGCCUUAUUCUCUCAGUUCUGUGUGGAAAGAUGAUUGGAUUGUUGGGUUAGAGCUGAUUUUGCACAAUUGAGUUUAAAAGGAAUUUUUGGGCUCUUUUGGGUGGCACAGUACAAAAGGGUCAAAGCACAUAUUUGUAUUUUCCUUGCAUAAGAGUCACUUUAUUUUAAAUGCUGCCCUGGGAGGCAUUCCUGGGGCAGCAAGCCCAGCAAUUAAAGACUGUCCCAGGAAUGAUUCUGGGACAGCUCCCUGCAAAGGGAGGAGGAGGUUGGGAGCUCUGUGCUGGUCUCAUCCCAGCUGCCUCUCUCACCUUGUCCUGGGUGACUUCACAGUGGGGACAACGUCCUUGGUGUUGGAGUGUUUGAUCCCCGUUCCUGCAUUCCAGAACUUUCACUCUUCAGGUGUUCCUGCCCACUUUUGUGCUGCCUUUUCUGUCAGGGAUGACAGGAGGGUCUCCCCUGGCUUUGGAACUCCAGAACUGGAGUUUGCUUUGAUCUCCACAGGGUUUUAGAGGACUGGAAUUCAGCUGUGGAUGAAGGGUCCCCUCAUGCCUUAAUUUGGGAUGUUUUAACUUGUAUUUCCUGGCACAUCUUGGCUUUUUUUUUUGUCUUUGUGCAUCUUGUUUUUGUGGCCUUUAUGACAUUGUGUAUUUAAUGUGUGUUACCUGCCUGACCAUAACUGAAAUCAGUCUGCAGACAACACCUGGAGCAGGGAAUGCUUUGUUUUCCUGGGAUCCAGGCCCUUCCCCAGAGAUUUUCCCUGAUGUAUAGAACCCUUCAGCUGCUGCAUUUGACACUGUUACAUUAGUGUGCAACUACAAUAAAGGAACAGAGAAACCCA